AUAUUUAUAUAAUUAUUUUUUAAAAUAAUAAAAUAUUUGAAAACCACUAAAUGAUAUUUUCUAAAAAUACUAUGUUUUUGUUUUUAAGAACAAAAAAAUUGUUUUCUAAUCGUUUUUAUUUUUAUUUUUUUUGUUUUGAUGAACAAAUAAAAAAUAAAAAUGACAGAAAAAAGUUGAACCUGUCGUCUCUAAACUCAGAGAUCAAUGCUCCACCAUGUUCUUUGUACCCGCAUUUCCAACUGAGCUUGAGAUGGAGGAGAGAUUUUCUCCCGUCCAUGAAACGUAGAAAAUUCAGUUAGGCUUUGUCUCUGGCUUAGAAACAUCUCCCCUCUGUAUAUAAAGGGCCUGAUGUUCCUCCUGUAAUAGCGGGAGCAUCAGAAAAGAUGGGGCCCAAGUCCUCUUUUCCACCUCCUCUUCUCUUGUUCCUGUCUUCUUUCCUACUCUUCUCCUCGGCCGCCCAGGCCUUUAACAUCACCAGACUCCUGGGCCAGUUCCCUGAUUUCUCCACCUUCAAUAGCUAUCUAUCUCAGACCAACAUCAGCAUCGGGAUUAAUAGAAGACAGACCAUUACCGUCCUCGCCGUUGAGAAUGGCGCCAUUGCUCCAAUCACCGGCAAAUCGAUGGAUGAUAUUAAGAACAUCCUGCGCCUGCAUGUGAUUCUUGAUUACUAUGAUGUUGCCAAGCUCCAUAAGUUGUCCAACAAGACAGCUCUUCUAACCACCCUGUUCCAGGCCACUGGUCAGGCUAAUGGGCAACAAGGGUUCUUGAAUGUAACAGAAUUGAGCAGUGGACAGGUUGUUUUCGGGUCUGCAGUAGCAGGGUCAGGUCUCCAAGCCAAGCUGGUUAAGACCGUUGCUUCUCAGCCUUUUAACAUUUCCGUGCUUCAGAUCAGCACCCCUAUACUAGCCCCUGGUAUUGGAGGGGUGGUGGCCGUCCCAGUUUCUCCACCACCUUCUGGAUCGCCUGCUGCUGCGCCAAAGGCAGCUGAAGGUCCAGGGGCGUCCAAAACCACCCCACCUCCUGCCAAGGCUCCAUCAGCAGAAGCUCCUGCACCAUCUGAUGACUCUGCUGAAGCCCCAUCUUUUGCUGAUGUGCCAGCAGCUGAUGGCCCAGGGGCUGAUGCGCCAGCUGGUGAUGCUCCCCUCAGCUCUCCACCUAUGCCUGCAGCUGAUGGACCCGUGGCUGAUGGAUCACAUGCAGAUGCACCCAGUGCCGAUCGAACUUCAGGCACCACUCAAGUAGCUAUUGGCACAUGCCUUGCUGUUGUAAUGCCAUUCGUGUUGGUCUUGUUAGAUCUCUAGGAUUUGAAUGGGAAGUAAAGGAGGCUAGGAAGGGAAAAAGAAUGGUUUUCAUGUCAAAAACAGAAAGAGGUCAUACAGGUACUGGAAUUGGACAAGAAACUUUAGAAUGUACACAUUUUGAUA